CCAGUCGACCGGUGCAAUGGAUAGUACAAAAAGAGGUUUGGCAACGACACGGAUAAAUGUGACUCCUGUUGUUCCAAAGGAGGUCCUCAUUGCCAAGUCACCGGAGGACGGGAAUGUGUCUGUACGGUAUGGAACCACGGACAACGGCAGUGCAACACUGGACCCCGAGGCAGGCUUCAGACUGAGCGGUUCCCAGAACAUCCAGUCCUCUGUCAUCUCCAUCCAUAACUGUUUCUACUCUGUAGCAGUGAAGACGAAAGCAUGCUGCGGCAGAACACAAACGAAGACUAUUUUAAAAGAUUUAAAUGGCAUCUUCAAGCCAGGCAUGAAUGCUAUCCUUGGACCAACUGGAAGUGGGAAGUCAUCACUGCUGGAUGUGCUGGCCGGCAGGAAAGACCCGGUUGGCCUGAGAGGUAACUUGCUGUUGGAUGGUGCCCCGCCCCCUGACAACUUUAAAUGCAUGGUGGGAUAUGUUGUACAGGAUGAUGUCGUCAUGGGAACUCUGACAGUGAGAGAGAAUUUCCAGUUCUCUGCAGCUUUACGGUUACCCUCGGAUACCACAAAGAUGGAGAGAGAUGCCCGUGUGAAUGCUGUGAUAGAUGAACUUGGGCUGACUCAGUGUGCUGACACCAGGGUUGGUAAUGAGUUUAUUCGUGGUGUGUCUGGUGGUGAGAGAAAGCGAACAAACAUCGGUAUGGAGCUGAUUAUCUCCCCUCCUGUGCUGUUCCUGGACGAACCAACCACAGGCCUGGAUGCCAGCACAGCUAAUGCAGUCAUGUACUUGCUUAGAAGACUGGCCUUGAAGGGUCGUACCAUCGUGUUCUCCAUCCACCAGCCUCGUUUCUCUAUAUACAAAGUGUUUGACAACCUGAUGCUGCUGUCGGGGGGUGAGGUCGUCUACCAUGGAGCAGCACCUGAUGCUCUCCAGUACUUCAAGUCAAUCGGUUACAUCUGUGAGGAACACAACAACCCUCCGGACUUCUUCCUGGACGUCAUCAACGGCGACUACGACACCAUUGCCAACUUUGAGGCCCCAGACAAGAAAGAAAAUGAAAACAGCAAUCUUCAAGAAAGUCUUGUACAGAGUUUCAGACAGUCACAGUGGCACGACAAACUGAUGGAUGAGGUCACGGAGAUCUAUGACAAGUACAUGAAGGAUGAUGAGAAUGGCACAGUUGUUCGGAUGCCACGAGUGCCCUAUACAACGUCUUUCUUCAAUCAGCUGAUGGUUGUCUCAGGAAGAACAGUAAGAAAUAUCAUCCGAAAUCCCCAGACCUCCAUAUUGCAGGUGUUUGUAAUGAUAAUCUUUGGAGUGAUUGUUGGUGCUAUUUACUUUGAUGUGGAUGACACUGCAUCAGCAGGGAUUCAGAACAGAGUCGGCGCAUUCUUCUUCAUCAUCAUGAACCAGGUGUUUGGCAACUUGUCUGCAGUAGAACUCUUCAUCAAAGAGAGAGCCAUUUUCAUGCAUGAGAACGUGAGUGGCUUCUACCGUGUGUCGGCCUACUUCCUGGCUAAAGUCUUCUGUGAUGUCAUUCCCAUGAGACUGGUUCCAGUAACAUUUUUCACCGCCAUUGUCUACUGGAUGAUAGGUCUAAGAAGUGCAGCUGGCUAUUUCUUCUACUUCUUGCUGGACCUAUUUUUAACAGCACUGGCAGCCUCAGGAUUGGCAUUUGCCAUCAGUGCCAGCGUCCGCAUCUUCGCAAUCGCCAACCUCCUCAUCGCUCUGUGCUAUGUGUUUAUGAUGUUGUUCAGCGGACUGUUGGUGAACCUGAGCUCCAUUGCCGAUUGGCUGGUAUGGCUGAAAUGGUUCAGUAUCUUCAGAUACAGUCUUGAUGCUCUCAGCAUCAAUGAGCUCUCUGGUGAGGUUUUCUGUGACAAUGGGCCAAAUGGUACUUGCACAACAGGGGAUGAGUAUCUCAGCCAGCAAGGUAUCGCCUACGAGACGACAUGGGACUUGUGGGUACCCCAGGUGGCACUGGCAGCUAUCUCCCUCGGCUUUCUAAUUCUGUCCUAUAUACAGCUGCGUCGCCUCAAGAAGCUCAAAUAAUACAUCUUCCAGUGUGAGCGACAUAUUGGUGUAUGUAGACUUUGUGGCAGUACAAACGGAAGCUCCACUCACCAUGUACGGGUGCACCUAAUCAGAGGACUAUAGUUUUGUACAUAUUUUUUGUGUUGAUGUUGGGAUAAGUGGUUUAGUAUAGAGCAGCAUGCAAAUCUAAGAAUGUUGUUUAAGAUAAAUAAAAAAAUCAUCUUACUUUCCUCAGGGACAGAUGUACUGCUGCUGACAAUGAGUAAUUGAAAAUGGUUGUACAGUGGAACUGUAUAGUAUAUAACGAGUGAAUAUAGUUUUAUUGUCUUUUGCUUCUUUGUUUAUUCAACAGUUGUCCAACAACAUUUUGUUGAUUUUGUAUAGUUUAUUUGGUUGGAUGUUUCAGACAUCAUCUUUGUGGAAUCCGAAUGGUUGUGAUUGUUUGGUGUGGAAGCUUAAUGUGAUAUUUGGUUAGACCUGACAUCGGAGUGUCAAAACCUUUAUAUGUAUUUUGUUCUUCAGCAAAUCCUCUUUGAACUUCAUAGAGAAAUUAACUUUGAGGUAUUUGUAUUCAUUUUUACAGAAUUUAUUUUUUGUGUACCUUAGCUCACCUGAGUGAAAGUCUCUGAGCUUAUGUCAUGACCUGGUUGUCAGGGGUGAAACACCUGGAGUAAUGCCUGUGAUUAGAAACAUUAUACUCAUGUAUAUGGUAUAUCUUAGGCUUUGAAUGGAUACUUGUGGAAAAUAUUGCAAAAAUGUUCUACAAUAGUACAUUCCUUUAUUUUGAGAUUAAGACACAUAAGGUACAGUCAGUGGCUUGUUUCAUAGUUUCAUGACAGCAACAAUUGUUUAGUUGCUAUUGACAUAGUUGAACUACUGUGCCUUGGUGCUAGAUUUUGUGACCAUAACCUUACUUAUAUAUAGAAUCAUAAAAAUAAUUUUGUGUGUGUGUGAGUGUGAGUGACAUUUCAAAGUAAUAAUAAUAAUAUUGUGUUGGUUUAUAUAGUGCCAAACUCCACACCAGUUAUACUCAUAGUGCUGACAAUGAAUAGCACAGCGCAUUAUUACAAGGGAUAACCCAAGCUGCCUGUUACGCGCUAGAAGGUUAUAGUCACAUGACUUAUCCCACCGGGUACCCAUUUUCUGCUGGGUGAACAGAGGCAAUUGUGCACAAACUCACUUGCCUAAGAUGAGACCACAUGUAUCACAUCUGGUUUGUUGUGGGGCAGGACUGAAGUCCUAGAAACUCUCAGGAGUCAAGCUGCCAAACACGUCACUCUUAGGGACAUCAUGUUGUAAUAAUAACAUUGAUCUAAAGUUUUUGCAUGAGUGUCAGUUUAUAUAUAUUCCUUUCCUUAUUUUUUAAAGUUUUGUCAAUAAAAUAAAUUUCAUACAAA